AUCCAAGGUGAAGUCUCUGACAAAGCACUUAGCUGAGAAAAGGCAGUGUCGUGCCAGAGCAUAUGGAGUGUAGAUAGCUGUCACAUUGCGUUAGCUCUGAAAUCCUACGUUAAAUGGCACCCGAGGCAGGAAAGCGUGUGCAGUGUAAGAGAAGGCUCCACAGAAAGUAGCAUGUGCUUUUUGGCGUAGAAGACAAGCUAAGAUAAUGAUUUGGACUCAGAAAGAGAUUGAAGAGCUGUGAAUUGCUACAUCACUAGCAACAUGUCUCUGUUGGAGCUGAAGACCUCUCAAAAUAUUAACUAUGAUGACAUCUUUUCCAGUGCAUUUUGUGAAAACUCUGAGAAGCUUAUCAAUGUACAUUUGUUUGCCCUGGCUGCUAAGUAUUAUUCUUUGUCCAACCUUGGAGUGUGCACCCCAUUAGAAGAUGUGCUUGAAGCACUGAAAAGAGACAGUGAAGGAGCAACAGGUAUCAAACCAGAUGAGUUUAUGAAUAAUAAGAAAUCACAUGAAGUGCAGGUGAUGUCAGAGCUGGUACACAGCAUAGCAAAUUAUUGUGGGAUAAAGCAGGUGAUUGAUAUAGGUUCUGGAAAAGGCUACCUGAGUUCAUUUUUGUCCAUGCAAUAUAACUUAAAAGUUUAUGGCAUUGACUCCUCAAGCUCCAACACAAAUGGUGCUCAUGAAAGAAAUAGAAAAUUGAAGAAACACUGGAGAGCAUAUCAGAGUCGAGGAAAAGAAAGCCUUAAAAGACAGAGUUUGGAAAUGGCAAAUGACAAGCCAGUGGAAAAUGAAAUUAAUUGUAAAACAAUCAAUGAAGAACUCUUAAAUAAUGCCAAUAGUCUUCAAAAUCAGGGCCAAGUGAUUAUCCAAGAUUUAGUUCCUUCUUGUAGUUUCACAGAAACAGCUACACUCAAAAUCAACACAGAAACUGAAGCUGAUGUAGUGACUGGGACACAAUCUCAUGAGACCAAACUUUCUGAAGAGGUUCUUGCUAUUCUAAAUGUUCUUCCUGUUGAUGCUGUGGAAGAUUUUUCUUCAUCUCAUUGUAACUGUGGGGAACCCUGUGAAGAGGAAAAAGUACAAAGAAAAAUGACAUCUCUCAAGACUAAAGCAAGAAAGUCAAGUGAAUCGAACCUGUAUUUUCCAUUGACCUCUUGCAUCACUGCAGAAACAGAACUCAAUGACAUCAUAACAGAUCUGGAGGACUGUAUGAUGGUUGGUCUACAUACAUGUGGAGAUCUUGCUGCAAAUACAUUACGAAUUUUUACUGCCAAGCCUGAAAUCAAAGCCGUUUGCAGUGUGGGCUGCUGCUACCAUCUGUUGUCAGAACAGUUUGAAAACCAAGAAGAAUGCCACGAUCAAGUCUGGGGAUUUCCCAUGUGUCAGUACUUGAAGGACAAAGGCUGGUGCUGUGGUCGCAAUGCUAGGAUGUCAGCAUGCUUGGCUUUGGAGAGAGUUGCAGUUGGCCAAAUGCUGCCUACAGAAUCAUUGUUUUAUCGAGCUGUUCUUCAGGUUAUUAUAGAAGAAAUUUAUGGUGUCACCAAAAGUGAUCGACAUGUUGGAAAAACCUUCUCCAAAUCAUCCUCCUUCAUAGAUUAUGUCAGACGGUCUCUGAAAAAGCUGGAACUGGAUGAUUCAAAGCUCCCAGACAGCUGUAUAAUGGAUUACUAUGAAAAGUACAAGCACAGAAUGAAUGAGCUUGAAGCAUUUAACAUGUUGAAGGUUGUUCUGGCUCCUUGCAUAGAGGUUUUGAUACUCCUGGAUCGUCUUUGCUACCUCAAGGAGCAGGAAAACAUUGCCUGGUCUGGUCUUGUGAAGUUAUUUGAUCCUGUGAAGUCCCCGAGAUGCUAUGCAGUUAUUGCUCUGAAGAACCAGUAAUGUUCUUAAGUGGUAGCAAAUUGAAAAGAGGUUGGAAAUUCUGAACUGAUAAUGCUGUUUCCUCCCUUUUACUCUGUUAUUUUUAAUAGAUUCCUCAAGUACAAUGUUUGCUUUUCAGAUGCAAAAGAAAAAAGUGCAAUGCCUCUUUGAAUCUUCAGAAAUAAAUAUCUCCUUUAUAAAUA